AUGUUCACAAUUCCUGAACUCUACAACGAAAAGUGCUAUUGUGCUGGAUGUAGUCAGAACGAUCUCGGCUAUAGUUUUGUUGCCAGAAGAACUGCUCAACGUCAUAACAAAAGGGCAAGACUAAAUGCCAUAAGAUGUGAAAGGGACAUGUCUACCCAAAGAAAUAUGAUGGAGGUCGAUGAUGAACCUAUCUUAACCCAUCAACCCAGAGCCCUGGAAGAAUCGUACACUCAGACAAACUCACCUGUUUGGGAAGGAGCUUCAAUGUCUGACACUGAAGACGUUUCCAUUACUAAUGACGCGAUCAGCAAUGGCGACAAUGAUGACAGUGGAAGCAACAGCAAUGAAAUCAGUGAAGACGAAAGCGAAGACGAUGUUAUUGAGCUCGACGACAAUGAAUUGAAUAGUGAAGACCCUUUUGCCACCCCCGAUAUGCCCCAGAACCCAGUGCACAGGUUCAUUGCUACUUUUGUGGUGAUGUUCGCUUCCCGCUAUGUGGUUGACAAGGGCGCCGUUGUCUUGAUCGAGUUCAUCAACAAGCUUUUGACAAUUUACGAGCAGGAUUUCCAACUGCCCUUGAGCCUUCCUGGUCUUCAGCGCAUGACAGGUUUCUCAGCCAUGACCAAAGGCAUAAAGAAAUUUGUUGUGUGUCAGGAUUGUCACAAGGUGUACGAAGAAAGUGCAUCUGUCCCGUCUCAUUGCGAUUUCGUAAAGCUUGGUGCACGCUCGUCUUGCAACUGCCAAUUGAUGAAAACAUCAGCAUCGGGUGCUUUGGUGGCCAAGCGUUCAUACUUGUACCAGUCCGUCGUUAAUACUUUACGAAUAUUCGAAAACUGGAUUAACUUUGUUGAUGCAUGCCGCCUGUUGAUCAAGCCAACGAUCACGUUCGAUGAAGUCAACACUGCCCAUCAGUUUCUUCAAACUUUUUGCACCAGAUGUGACGAGCUGUACAACGCCGAAAUCCUCACCUGUAAUAUGCACCUACACCUCCAUCUUCGAGAUACAAUUCGUGAUUUUGGACCAGUGUACGGUUAUUGGCUAUUCGGGUUUGAGCGGUUUAACGGGUUGUUAAAAAAUUUGAAGACAAACAGGAAGAUUGGGUUUGAAGAAACAUUUAUGAAGAAAUUUAUUGAAGAUGUGCACAAAGACGAUCUUGUCAACAGUUUCCUUCAGAGUACCUGCCAGACAUCUGCAUUUCCUCUCCUUACCAAACUCACUUCUUCCUUUACACCCACCACCAUUCCAUCCAUCCGUCAACGUACCUUCCGCAUACAGUCAUUUGUUGAGGCUUCUGAAGAUCCAAAUGUACUUGUAAAAGGCAACGAACCUCUCCCUCCUUCCGCAUUCCCUCUAUCAUUAAAAUCCGCUACCACAAUGAGUGACAUUCACUAUGUUCAUCUCUUACAAUACUACAAAGUUGCGUACAACAAUGAACAAUUAGUUCACUUUCAACAAGCGUUGGAAUCACCAUACUUUGUUGACAAUACAAUCACCCUGUUGAAAUACAUCAACAUCCUUGGGCAGGUCUACAAGGGUAAAGGUGAAUCUGGAAGUCGUGGCUCUCUUGUACAAGCAAAGUUCAUUGGAAGUACUGGUGAGCAUAUCAUCGCAUACACGGGUCAAAUACAGUACAUUUUCACCCAUUCUUUCACUCCUCCACCCACCUCUUCAUCCCUUACUCCCUUGCUCCACACCCAUCGCCGCCCAACACAACUUCUUCACAAUUCUCAACAUACUUUUGCAUUUAUCAAAUGGUACACACCCGAAAAUGAUAAAUCGCGAGAGUACGAACACGUUGAAACCUGCUUUCCAACAUUUUCUCCUGACGAUUUCCAAUGUGUAUUGCCAGUGCAUAGAAUUAUGUUAGAAGUAGCAACUGCUGAGCACACAACACACAGAAAAGUAAAAAAGAUGCUGGUCAUUCCUUUGCCAAAAAAACAAUACAUUUAA